AUCAGUUUGUUCUCGUCGCAAAAAAUUUUAGAUUGUUUGACCAAGAAAAGACGACCAAACUUCUGAGAAGUUGUGUGUGAUAUUGAAUAUUUCCACAUUACGUCACAAGAAACUACUGCUAAACCUGAAUAAACCCAGACCAGAAGAUAGAAAUGUUGUCCGUGAUGCAAGGAAACACGGCGAGCCAGCUCGCGCGGGCCGUCAACCAGCAGUCAGCCACCACGUCAAGACCCAUGAUGCAGAGCCUUCGUUUUUUUUCCGCGAAGAUAAAGCCAAUGCGCGACCCGGCCCGCCCGUCGCCGCCGAUGACUCCCUACUUUAUGUAUUUGGCGCAGUGGAGAAAGUCAGCUCCGGCAGACGUCAAGGGCAAGGAUGCUGCGAAGGUCGCGGCCCAGCAGUGGAAGGCUCUCCCCGAAGCAGAGAAGGCGCCGUUUCUGCAGACCUACGAGCAAAAGAAGGCCACGUACUAGAGUUGUUCCAACAUCAUGCUUGGUCUUCGUUUUCCUUCGAUUUAGUGCGGUAAAUCCACAACUCUGUCAUGCAUGAUGACAGUAAUAUACCGCACUUGUAAUUUCGAUCUUGAAUCUGUGAUGCAAAAAACGCAAAAGAUACGACGCUGCCUUUCGUGAGUACAAGGAGUCCGGAAAGUUGGAUGCGUGGAAAAGGGACCCAGAGAAGCCGAAGAAGCCUUUGACUGGUAUUAUGUCGGUUUCUCAAGAUCGUCUUCACUUUCAUAGAAUUAUGCGCAACACUCAAAUCCACACGACAAUAAAGAACUCCCUGUAGAAGUAGCUACGCUGUUGUUCUUUCUUCGAAUUAUAUAUAUAUGUCGUGGAGUUUCACAACAACAGGUUUUAUGCGGUACUCCAUGGAGUGGCGAAAGAGCAAUGGCGCCGGGCUGAAAGCCACAGAAGUAACGAAGAAAGCGGCAGCUGCGUGGAAAGAACUCCCCGCGGACAAGAGAGCAGCCUACGAUGGUGCCUACAAAACGGAGAAGGAAUCGUAUUUUAUUUCUGAUUUUGUUGAUGCAUGAGAUUGAGAUAUUUGAAGGAGGUGGGUAUUUUUCUCUUUUUAGGCAGAACAAAUAUGAAGUUGCACAUUCAGAAACUUUUUCCUAAUCCCAACAGGUAUGACGUCGCCAUGAAAAACUACAAAUCUAGCGGCUUAUGGAAGUGACUUUGUUAUUGAUGAAAGGGUUCUUGUGAUGCAAACGCUGUAGUAUGAGCACGGCACGGAAUCCAAACAACGCUUGCACAUACAUGCCUAUCGCGUCUGGCUGUCUGUAUCUCAUCAGAAGGCAAGACCUUUCUCAUUGCAUAUCGCAAGGAGGCAGCGUUUAAGGAAAAGACGGGUAUUGCUGCCAAGGAAAAGCAGGCGGCGGAGAAGAAAAUGAAGGUAUAUUUGCCUGUGUGGAUGUUUAGAGCAAAAUGCGAGAAAUUAUGCACGAGAUCAGAUCACAACAUCCGUGUUGCGUAGAAACGCAUGACAAAAUACCCUUCAUAUUACAGAUGAAGAUGCGCACCAUGGCCAUGAAGACGAAGACCCGCAUGCAGAAGAAGAAGAUGCAGAUGAAAAUGCGGGCGCAGAUAUGAAAAAAAAACAGACGACUGUUGCCGUUUUUCCUCCGAAGCAGAAGUAAGUAGACAGACGGCAGAAAUUGUGAUGAAACAUGAAACCCUCUGUGAGUUUCAAUCUCUGUUCGCUCCACGGCGUGGUAACGGGUGUUUAACAGUAGAAAUCUCAAGACUUUGCACGGGCUUCGAAGAGGAACUAGCAGCAGCUUUAUCUGUGUAUAAGAAAAAAUGAAGAUGAAGAUGCAGGCCAUGAAGAAAAAGAAGAUGAUGCGUGCCAUGAAAAUGAAGGAAAAGUCCAAGAUGCGCAUGAAAAAAAUGAAGGUCGCCAAGGCGCAGCGGGAGGUAGUUAGGAUGAUCUUUACGGUUGUUUGACUUUAUUUCCGGUCUGAUCAUUCUCUGACUCUGAUGGUGCUGCAGGAUGUUUCAACUUGGUUUCAAUUUUUGCUCGAGGUGGAAAAAAAAAGGCAAUGAAAAUAAAAACAGCUGAAGGCCCUGAAUAGUCAGGCCAAGAAGCUGACCAUGCUGGUCCGGCGUGCGGACAAGAUGUCUAUGAAGAUGAAGAAGAUGCAGAAGAAGUAG